GGCGGAAGUUCUUUUUGGCUCAUGCUAGCAUUAUUUCCUUCUAACAGCAUUAAGUAACCUUUCCGAAUAAUUCCUUUCAUGGACAAACUAAUUAAGAAUGUAAAUAAAACAACACAAAAUAUAUUUUAGUUAUUAAAUUAAAUGCCUAAGCACAAUUGAGUUCAUGUACAGCGCCCCACUCCGGCGCUGAUACUGAAGCGCAGCGCUAACCGUCAGUGAGGAAGUUCUAGUUACUUCGUUCACUAGCAGAGGCUAACUCGCUGAAAGGUAAACAAGUCAGCUGAAUGAGAUGAGACCCAAGUCCCGGAUUAAGUAAAGUUUGCUGCAAUGAAGGAAGACAAAGAAAACAAUCGACCGAAGGAGAAAAGAGUGGAGAUAAAGUGUGAAGAUGGAGAAAGGACGGAGAAGUCCAAGGAAAAGAAGGAGGCCAUGACAAAGAUUGUGAUCAGACGACUACCACCAAGUCUCACCAAAGAGGAGCUAGAGGAGCAACUGCAACCGCUCCCAGAGGUGGACUAUUUGGAGUUCUUCUCUAACGACACGAGCCUUUACCCUCACCUCUUUGCAAGGGCUUAUAUCAACUUCAAAAACCAAGAGGAUAUAGUCCUCUUCAGAGAUCGCUUUGAUGGAUAUGUAUUCAUUGACAGCAGAGGUCAGGAGUAUCCUGCCAUUGUGGAGUUUUCACCUUUUCAAAAAACUGCCAAGAAAAGAAGUAAAAAGAAGGAUGCAAAGUGUGGAACAAUUGUCGAAGAUCCAGAUUACAAAAAGUUCCUUGAAUAUUACAACGGGGACGACGAGAAGCUAACGUCUACACCUGAGAUCCUGUUGGAGGAGAUUGAGGCUAAAUCAAAGGAACUCGUUGCUAAAAAAACAACUCCUCUGCUGGACUUCCUGAAGAACAAACAGAGACUCAGGGAGGAGAAGAAAGAAGAGCGAAGAAGGAGGGAACUCGAGCGCAAACGUCUGCGCGAUGAGGAGCGUCGUAAGUGGAGGGAGGAGGAGAGGAGGAAACGCAAAGAGGCAGAGAAGAUGAAGAAGCUCGAGAAACUGCCGGAGAAGGACAAAGACCAAGCUAAAGACGAGCCAAAGAUAAAGCUCCUGAAGAAGCCAGAGAGAGGAGAUGAAGGCAACCCGGAGAAGCCAAAAGAGAAGUCCAAGAAACCAGAGAAGCUAAAUAAAGAGGACAGAUCUUUGGGAGGUUCUGAUCAUAAGAGACGUCAGAACAUCGAGCACAAGGAGGAUCGAGGAAGGAAGUUAGUUCUUCACUCUUCUUUUAAUUGUCCAAAUACAUUAACCUUCAACCCUCAAGUGAACAAGCUAUUUUAGGUUGACCCCAUUAUAUUUAAUACCGGAAUGAUGUUAAUGCCAGAGGAGGUUUGAGCUCUGUGGGUAUUGAGCCAACAAAACAUUGUUGACACUCCACUAGCCUCAGCUCUCUCUGACUUCACCCGAUCUGUCACUUUGUGGUUGAGUUGAUGUGGUUAUUUAAUACUUCCACUCUCCAAUAGCACUGCUUACAGUUGAUUGUGGAAAAUGUAGGAGUUCCACCGGAAGACUGUUGUUGCUUGUUUUGUUUUGUUUUAAAUAAAUGUUUGUAAAGGCAGACUACAUGGAUUGCUACUUGAUUUUAAUUAAGUGGUGGCUCAAUACUUACUUUCCAAAACCAAAACCGAAGGCAUGUGAUGUAGUAACGAGCAUCUAGGGUAAAACUAGACUGAGCCGGUUUCUCCAGUUUGUACAUACAAAAAUGUAUUUAUCUAUUUUCCCUACCUGCUAACGUUCGUCGUGGAU